UUUUUAUAAUUUUUUUUUUUUGUUUGUUUCAUGUCUGUUUUAAUGUUUCCGAAGCGAAGCGAGGGCGGGUCGCUAGUUCUUUAUAAGUGUGGGAAAUUUCAUACUCCGCCGUCCGCGCAAUUUUCGUAAAAAUGGGCACAAAGUUUUUGCUUCACGUAUAGUUUAUUUGAUAUUCUUUACAAAUGCUUAAACUUUAAAUGGCUCUCCUGUGAAGUAGCGAAAAUGUUGCUUAAACUAAAUAGGCUUUCACGCGUCAAUAUACAUUUAUAUUUCAGAGGGAACAAUUCAUUUGUAUAAAAACAAUGAAGCUGCGUAUCUCGCAGACUUCAGUCCGUGGGAUUUCAGAGACGUAUUCGGCACAGACUACAAUAGAGACUUCAAAUCCAAUAAAAAAACCAAUAAGAAUAUUGAUUCGCAUAAACUUAGCCCAACAAGACAUAUAAAGACCGGUACGAACUCCAGAAACAAUAAAAAUUGUCAUACGAACAAAGUUAAAACUUACGACGCUUUGUCUGUGAACGGUACUGAUGCUAUGAAAGAAUAUAAAAAGAUGAGGGAUCUCUUCAUCAAUUCAGAAGGCCGAACCGGUACCAGCAACCUAGAUUUGAACGCAACAAUGGAGAAUUUCGUCAAAAAGUUCGGUAUUGCCAAUAUUCCGGGUUAUAAUUCGACAACAGUUAAUAAUAGUGUCCAAACUAAAGCUCUCUACGGAACUCUGUCUGGGAGAAAUUUGAAUUUAACAGAAAACAAACCUAAGGCACUGGAUAAUCGAACCGAAAACAGUUCUCGAAGCGAAUCACCCAGGCCGGACCAACUAAAUUUCGCAAAUCCAGAUCUGACCACGACCCCCCCUGUUCCACAACUGGGUUCGCCCAAUAUGAGACCAGUGCCUCCGGGAUAUUCGAAUGCACCCAAAGCACCGAGCCCAUUUAUUCCACAUCCGAAUUCUUACCACCCAUACGGAGUUCCCAUCGUUCCUGACUUGCCGUUGCCACCUGGGCAUCCAGACGGACCGAAAGGAGAGCCCAAUUCACCAGUCGCAAACCAGACAGCAACCGAUACGAACUAUGAAAUCGGCAGCCUUUUACAUCACAUCGUAAAACCCAAGACAACAACACAGAAUCCAUUUAUCUCGGAGCUGUACGGCGAGAUGAAAACUAAGCACAACGGAUAUCUGACAACCUUCUUGCUGAAAUUCUUCGAAAUAGUCGCUUCCAGGCGGAGGGAGGAUGCACUGCCAUUAGUGCUUGCUUUCGCCGCCGCAAUCGACGGGUUAUAUGAAACUAGACAGCUGCUAGGAUUCGGCGAGCCCCUCCACUCUAAAUUACUAAAAAACGUCCACAUGAUGGUCGGAUCCCCAAUUGACGUUGUACAAAGCUACGCCGCUCUCACUUAUAACUAUUUAGUGAACAGAGGCGUUACGGCGACCGAUGAAGUCAACGCGAUAAUUGAUUACGCGGACUCACUUUAUGAAGAGAAUGACGGGAAACAGUUAUUUAAAGUCCAACUUUUUAUAAUAUUCAUGGUUUAGAUGAUAAGACGGCCAGUGGAAUGUGGUCAUAUCCUACUAAGCCGUCGUCGCCCGAAACAUGUCUUGUCCGAUUCGCUCUAGCAGCUAUUAGGGCUUUCAAGCACCGGUCACCGCCCUCGCGAAGCUCGUCGAUUUUCGACCUGUGGACUAGCUAGCCUAUUGACACAACCUACUGAGUUUCUACUGGGUGGCGCAUUUACGUUGUGGAUGUCUAUGGGCUCCAGUAACCACUUACCAGAUGGGCUGUGAGCUCAUUCACUCACCUAAGCAAUAAAAAAAAACUUAUGUUUAUAAAGCAUUAACAUCGGGCAAUGCGAAUUAAACUCGCAACAUUCAUAAUUUACCUAAUCAUUAUACGUUCAAGUUGUCAUGAACUUGGUUUUUAGUAAUUACUUGAAUAUACCCACCCAUAUUACUAGUGUUUUUAUUAGAAAACUACCCUCAUCUCAUUUCGAAGAGGUCUUGAAGCGAUCAAAGGUUUUACCGGAGAAUGGUCAGGAGCUGUUUUUUUUUAUUGCUAGUUGGGUGGACGAGCUCACAGCCCGCCUGGUGUUAAAUGGUUACUGGAGCCCAUAGACAUCAACAACGUAAAUGCGCCUUGAAAUAUAAAUUCUAAGGUCACAGUAUAGUUACAACGGCUGCCCCACCCUUCAAACCGAAACGCAUUACUGCUUCACGGCAGAAAUAGGCAGGGCGGUGGUACCUACCCAUGCGGAUUCGCAAGACGUCCUACCACCAGCAACAAGUUCCUAUUUCUUUGGAUGCUCAUCGCGUCGUCUACCGUCUUGAAGUUAGCACGUUCACAGCGGAAGAGGUCGAACGAAGGUGCGAACGAAAAGAACAAGCGAAUAGCAUUUUAACCUACCCUAGUGCUGGUGGGUCGAGAAAGACUUGCCACGGACCGGUGGGAAUAUCGUUAAGAGCACAUUUCGACCCACCGCCGCACCUGGGAAGAACGUUUACGAUUUUACUUUCCACAACCAACGUGCUAAACGUCAUAUUAAUCAAAUUCUAGGCCUUAGAAGACAUAGCCAAGUAUCCGCACAACAAUAAAACAACCAAAUCGAUAAUGGACGAAACGACGCAAGCCAUAUUGCUUCCGUACCGAAAAUUAGGAAACACAGAGAAAAGGCAAAUUCUAUUCGAUAAUAUCAAUAAACAGAUAGAAGAUAAUUUUCCAGGUAGAAGAUUGUACACAGCGAGGAAUAGAGAUAACACAAUUGGGCUAAUAACUAAACGCGAAACAAAACGCUCAAAGAAAUCCGUGAAUCCAUUAAAAAACGCCAUUAAGAAAAUGAGAAAUGAAUUGUAUUCGCAAAAAUAUGAAAAAGUCAAAAUGGCGGCAGACAUCAGUUUAUCUUCCGAUAAUACGCUGCAGUAUAACGCGAUCGAAGAUAAUUGGAAACGGAAAACUACCAUUCCAAUUAUAACUACCAAAUUCGGGAGAAAACAUACGUCAAAGUCAUUGGCGCCAUCAAAAAGCGACGCUAACAAUGUAAUCCCGAAGAAAAUCGCUAAUAUUUUUUACGAAUCAUACGAAAGCGAUGAGGAAUUGCUGAAAAUUAAUUUACACGACCACUUAAGACACGAAAGGCAAUUGUUUGGCGUGCAAAGACGAAGCUAUGAUAGUAAAAACAUUAAUAACAUAGCACGCGAUUCGAGUUACAGCGACGAUGAAGAUGUCAUUAAAAAGAAUAUUUACAUGGCGUUUCAAACGAAACACAAAAGCUAACAAUAAAUAAAUAAAUGGAAGCUUUUU